UUAGUGUGUAUUGGACUAGUGCGAUUCCGGCGCCACCGCCUUCUAGCGAGCCUCCGCCCUCGCCCUGGAGCCCGCAGGUCUUUAUUGAGGGUGCGUUAUGUGCUGACGCUGUGCCAGGUGCUGGGGAUGCAAAGGUGGGGACUGGGGGCUUGAAGCUGGAUCCUUGUUCAUCACAUGCACUUAAGGAGAUAAUCUCACUUUAUUCCUCUGGCAGCCCGCUCCAUUGGGGCCAUGGCGGAGCGAGAAGAGCGGCGGUUCGUGGAGAUUCCUCGAGAGUCUGUCCGGCUCAUGGCGGAGAGCACGGGGUUGGAGCUGAGUGAUGAGGUGGCAGCUCUGCUGGCAGAGGAUGUGUGUUACCGCCUCCGAGAGGCCACCCAGAACAGUUCUCAGUUCAUGAAACACACCAAGCGACGGAAGCUGACUGUCGAGGAUUUCAACCGGGCACUCAGAUGGAGCAGUGUGGAGGCUGUGUGUGGGUAUGGAUCCCAGGAAGCUCUGCCCCUUCGCCCUGCCAGGGAGGGUGAGCUCUACUUUCCCGAAGACCGAGAGGUGAAUCUGGUGGAGCUGGCCCUGGCCACCAGCAACCCCAAAGGGUGUGCCGAGACGGCCGUUAGAGUUCAUGUCUCCUACCUAGAUGGCAAAGGGAACCUGGCACCUCAGGGAUCAGUGCCCAGUGCUGUUUCUUCCCUGACUGAUGACCUUCUCAAGUAUUACCAGCAGGUGACUCGGGCUGUGCUGGGGGAUGACCCGCAGCUGAUGAAGAUUGCUCUCCAGGACCUGCAGACGAACUCCAAGAUUGCAGCACUCCUACCUUACUUUGUUUAUGUGGUUAGUGGGGUGAAAUCCGUAAGCCAUGACCUGGAGCAGCUGCAUCGGCUCCUGCAAGUGGCACGGAGCUUGGUUCGGAAUCCACACCUGUGUCUGGGGCCCUAUGUCCGCUCCCUGGUGGGCAGUGUCCUCUACUGUGUCCUGGAGCCACUGGCUGCCUCCAUCAACCCCCUGAAUGACCACUGGACGCUGCGGGAUGGUGCUGCUCUCCUGCUCAGCCACAUCUUCUGGACUCAUGGGGACCUUGUCAGUGGCCUCUAUCAGCAGAUCCUGCUCUCCCUGCAGAAGGUCCUGGCAGACCCGGUGCGGCCUCUCUGCUCCCACUAUGGGGCUGUGGUGGGAUUGCAUGCCCUUGGCUGGAAGGCGGUAGAGCGAGUCCUGUUCCCGCACCUCUCCACCUACUGGACGAACCUGCAGGCCGUGCUGGACGACUAUUCAGUGUCCAACGCCCAGGUGAAAGCCGACGGGCACAAGGUGUACGGAGCCAUCCUGGUGGCGGUGGAGCGGCUGCUCAAGAUGAAGGCGCAGGCGGCGGAGCCCAAGGGGGGCGCGGGGGGCGGCCGGGGCUGGCGGCGCCCCGAAGACCUGCCCUGGGACAGCCUCGUCCUGCAGGAGUCGGCCGCCGGGGGCGGCGCCGAGCCGGGUUUCGGGGCCGCGGUCCCGCUGCCGCCCGGCGGCUCGGGGCCGGAGGAGCCGGCCCCUCCGGUGACGCUGGCGGACAUCUACCGGGAGCUCUACGCCUUCUUCGGCGACAGCCUGGCCACCCGCUUCGGCACGGGCCAGCCGGCGCCCGCGGCCCCGCGGCCGCCCGGAGACAAGAAGGAGCCCGCGGCCGCGCCGGACUCGGUGCGCAAGAUGCCGCAGCUCACGGCCCACGCGCUGGCCAGCCCGCAGGGCGACGAGAGCCCCCGCGCCGGCGCCCCCCAGGCGGCCGCGGCGCCCCCCGCCUCGGAGAGCCGGCCGCUGCCUCGGGUGCACCGUGCGCGGGGGGCGCCCCGGCAGCAGGGCCCCGGCGCCGGCACCCGCGACGUCUUCCAGAAGAGCCGCUUCGCCCCGCGCGGCGCCCCGCACUUCCGCUUCAUCAUCGCCGGGCGGCAGGCCGGCAGGCGGUGCCGCGGCCGCCUCUUCCAGACUGCCUUCCCCGCGCCCUACGGGCCCAGCCCGGCCUCCCGCUACGUGCAGAAGCUGCCCAUGAUCGGCCGCACCGCGCGCCCGGCCCGCCGCUGGGCCGUCUCGGACUACUCGCUGUAUCUGCCGCUCUGAGGCGACGCCCGCCCUCACCCCCUCCCCAUUGGCUGUCAAUAAAUCCCGCCCCGGAA